CUAUAUGUCACCAGUAGGAGAACAUGUUAAAACUGAGCCCAUAAACGGAUUCCAGCGAUGCUUCUUUUCCCGUUGCAAAACGAAACGAAGAGAACCUUUCUCUUAUGACUAUAUAAAUCAAAGUUUGGAGAGUUCAAGUGAUUCGAAAGAGAAGAUGGUUUUGUCUAAGACAGCUUCUGAAUCGGACGUUUCGAUCCAUUCAACUUUUUCUUCCCGGUACGUCCGCAACACUCUUCCACGCAUCAUCAGAUUUGAAAUGCCUAAGAACACAAUCCCAAAGGAAGCAGCGUACCAAAUCAUCAACGACGAGCUAAUGCUCGAUGGUAACCAAAGGCUAAACCUAGCCUCCUUCGUGACAACAUGGAUGGAGGCAUGGAGCCAGAGUGCAACAAGCUCAUGAUGGAGUCAAUCAACAAGAACUACGUCGAAAUGGACGAGUACCCUGUCACCACCGAGCUUCAAAACCGUUGCGUCAACAUGAUCGCGCGUCUCUUUCACGCGCCGCUCGGUCACGGCGAGGCUGCGGUUGGUGUCGGCACCGUGGGAUCGUCCGAGGCUAUAAUGUUGGCCGGGUUGGCUUUUAAGAGACGGUGGCAGAAUAAGCGUAAGGCCCAUGGGCUUCCUUAUGAUAAUCCCAAUAUCGUAACCGGAGCUAAUAUUCAGGUUUGCUGGGAGAAAUUCGCAAAGUAUUUCGAGGUGGAGAUUAAGAAAGUGAAACUAAGAGAAGGAUAUUACGUGAUGGACCCUGAAAAAGCGGUUAAAAUGGUAGACGAGAAUACAAUCUUCGUUGCAGCCAUCCUCGGUUCGACGCUAACCGGAGAAUUCGAAGACGUUAAACUUCUCAAUGACCUUCUAGUCGAGAAAAACAACCAAACCGGAUGGGAAACGCCGAUCCACGUGGACGCAGCGAGUGGUGGGUUUAUUGCACCGUUCUUAUAUCCGGAGCUGGAGUGGGAUUUUCGGUUACCAUUGGUUAAGAGCAUAAAUGUGAGUGGUCACAAAUACGGUUUGGUUUACGCCGGAAUCGGUUGGGUUGUAUGGAGAUCCAAAUCCGAUUUGCCUAAUGAACUUAUCUUCCAUAUCAAUUAUCUUGGCGCCGAUCAACCCACCUUCACUCUCAACUUCUCCAAAGGUUCAAGUCAAGUUAUUGCUCAGUACUACCAGCUGAUUCGACUUGGAUUUGAGGGAUAUCGCAAUGUGAUGGAUAAUUGCCAUCAAAACAUGAUGAUUUUAAGAGAAGGACUAGAGAAAACGAGACAUUUUAGCAUCAUCUCAAAAGAAAAUGGUUCGGAUGGAUUGUUCCGGCCUACACGAUGCCCGCAGAUGCAGAACACAUCACCGUUCUCCGAGUCGUGAGUCGAGAAGAUUUCUCUCGUACCUUAGCCGAGAGAUUGGUCGUAGACUUAAAUAAGGUUCUUCAUGAGCUUGAUACGCUUUCUCCGAGGAUAUACGCCAAGAUGUGAUAGAGAAUGUAAGCUACAUAGCAUGAUCACAGAUAUAUUACCAAGAGAAUUCGGUGUGAUCUUGGAUCUUGACUCAGACAAGAGAGUUUUGACAGAGUUUUGACUAAGGCAAUAGGGCGAGAGGUACUCCUUGAAAGUUAAAAUAGAGGCCAAAAUUCAUGUGGAUA